AUGGCCAAGUUGGCCUACGAGAGCUUCGUCGUCCGUCUCCGCGGCCAGCGAAGCACCCGCGCCGUCCCCCGCGUGCACCGCACCACGGAUUCUCCCGUGGAAGGAUAUGGAAUCGCUUGUUAUGCUACGCUUUGCUGCAGCCUCGACCCCAAUCCGGCCACGCGUAUUGAAACGGACGAGAUCAUGGAGCACCCCUGGUUCUGCCAUGACGCGAACGACGGCGGAGGCGAGCAGGAGCAACUGAUGCGCGGCCACAAGGAGGCGGCGUGGUUCAAUAUGGAGUUCGAGGAGGAGAUGGCGCGGGAUAUGACCGCGUUCGACAUCCUGGCCUUCUCACCAGGCUCGGACCUCUCCGGGUUGUCCGGUGUCAGGCCGGGCACGGAGCGGGUGUUCGUCGGCGAGCCCGCGGCGGUCGUGCUGGCCCGGGUUGAGGAUGCUGGGAAGAAGCGAGGGCACCGUGUAAGGAGGGAGGGGAAGAACCGCACUAUACCGGUGUUCGUGGAGGCGGUGGCCGGCGGCAUUGUCGCCAAGGUGACUGUGUUUAGGAUCGCCGAAGCGUUAUCAGUGGUCGAGGUCGUGAAGGGCCAUGAUGCGGAGGCCACGACGUUCUGGAAGGAUUGGCUAGAGCCAGCCAUGAAGCCUCGAACAGUGUGA